AUGUCUCCCACAGUGCUAGACUUAGAGGACCAACCUCAGAUCUUUGAUAUCCGACAAAAUUAUGACGGCCUUGAUCUGAAAGGGGAGAUCGUGAGAGGGCUUGGAUCCCAACUCCCUACGUUGCCUUCUCUUUUGCUCUGGGACGAUCAGGGGCAAGAUCUCUUCGAUAGAUUCUCACAAACACCAACAUAUUAUCCAUUUCAUGGUGAGAUCGAAGUAUUGAGCCGAUAUGGAUCGGAUAUUGGAGCAAGUGUGCCCGCUGAAGGGGCGUUGCUUGAAUUAGGCUGUGGCGCCGUCCGCAAAACCAAAUCAAUCCUGUCCGGGUUUCGCCAACAGCAGAAACCAGUGAAUUACUUCGCCUUGGAUGUGUCACAUCAAGGCCUCACAACUAGUUUAGUUGAGUUGAGAAAGUUGUUCAAGGAUUCACCGUUCAUAACCAUUACUGGACUCCUUGGCACAUACGACGACUGCGUGGCUUGGCUGACCGGCCUGAAGACCAUGCGUGCCUUGGGAUCGAUGACUAUACUGUGGUUAGGUAAUAGCAUCGCCAACUUAGAUAGCCAUGAUCAAGCGAGCGCUUUUUUGGCACGCUUUGGCACAGCCUGUCAGCAUGCGCGGCUAGCGUGCCGCUUUCUGGUGUCGACCGACAUAUGCCAGCGUGAUGAGAAGGUGCUUGAAGCAUACAACGUCGGUCGGCCAGAGUAUCGCGAUUUCUUGCUCAACGCGCUAGAUGCCGCCAACCUAGAGCUAGGCUACGAGGCCUUUUCCGCGGAUGACUGGACUCCGGCAAGUUGGCUGGAUGAACGUGAACGCAACCUGCAUUUCUACUUGACAGCCAAAUAUGACGUGCUGGUGCCACUGACGUCGGUGGCUGAAGGUACAGAUGCGGUGACCAUUCAUAAGGGGCAACGAGUGAGAGUGGUGACAAGCGGGAAAUGGAGUGAGGAGGUAAUGGGGCAAAUCUGCGGAAAGGCUGGGUUUCACAUCCAACAGCGAUGGAAAGAUGACAGCGGGGAUUAUUGCAUUUUCCUAUUGAAGAAUGUCACGGCAAAUAUUAGUGAUCGUCGUGUCGUUCAGCCCACAGCAGGUGUUGGUGAGAAAAUAUUGGAAUUAAAGAAAAGGAAGAUCUAG